UUGUUUUGCAUGCCAUCCAUGCAGAUAAUUUCAGCUGGGGCCGCGGUCUGUUGAAUGGAGUGCAGGAGUUAGCCUCUGAUGCCGAACCAUUGGGAUUUCCAACAACUGGACAGCGGAUCACCAGAGUUUUACUUGUCCCCCCCACGGGGACCAAUCAGAGCGCCCGGUUUUGAAAGGGUAGAUGGGAGUUGUAGUUCACUCCUCAGCUGGCGUCAUUGAACGAAGACGCCCAUCAUGCCGUGCGCGAUCCGGCCUCCCCUCCCGCGCAUGCGUUGUGACGAUGCUGCCCCCCGGCCUCUGACGGCGGCCUGGUGCUUCUCCUUGAGCGGUGUUCGGCUUUGCUGCCGGCAAUGGAGGCGCUCUGAACCCUCGGCAACUAGCGGUCGGUCGACGAGAGACGCAGCGGUCUGGCCAGGGAACAAGGUGUCGGUCGGGGCGUUCUGUCUGCAGCAGCGAUGGAGGCGCUGAUUCCGGUCAUUAACAAGCUGCAGGAAGUGUUCAACACAGUGGGAGCCGAUAUCAUCCAACUGCCGCAGAUCGUGGUGGUGGGGACACAGAGUAGUGGAAAAAGCUCAGUGCUGGAGAGUCUAGUGGGAAGGGACUUACUCCCCAGAGGUACUGGCAUUGUGACUCGAAGACCUCUGGUUCUGCAGCUAGUGAAUAUUUCUCCAGAAGAACAGCGGAAAGCAUCGGGUGAUGAUGACGAAGCAGCCGCGUGGAAAAAUUACGGCCAGCCUUACAAAGGAAUUGAUGCAGAAGAAUGGGGAAAGUUUCUUCACACAAAAAAUAAGAUCUACACAGAUUUUGAUGAAAUUAGACAAGAAAUAGAAAAUGAGACAGAAAGAGUUUCUGGUGGCAAUAAGGGAAUUAGUGAUGAACCAAUUCACCUCCGGAUCUUCUCACCACAUGUUGUUAACCUUACACUUGUUGACCUUCCUGGAAUGACCAAGGUGCCUGUGGGUGACCAGCCUCGAGAUAUUGAACUGCAGAUAAAAGAUCUCAUACUGCGGUACAUCAGCAACCCAAACUCAAUCAUCUUAUCUGUCACUGCUGCCAAUACUGACAUGGCAACCUCGGAAUCACUUAAAAUUGCCAGAGAAGCUGACCCAGAAGGGCGGCGAACACUUGCUGUUAUCACAAAAUUAGAUCUUAUGGAUGCUGGCACUGAUGCUAUGGAUGUGCUUAUGGGAAGAGUUAUCCCAGUCAAACUGGGCAUCAUUGGAAUUGUCAACAGGAGUCAACUGGAUAUCAACAAUAAGAAAUCUGUGGCAGAUGCUUUAAAGGAUGAACAUGCAUUUCUACAAAAGAAAUAUCCCUCACUUGCUAAUAGAAAUGGAACCAAAUAUCUAGCCAAAACUUUGAACAGAUUGCUCAUGCAUCAUAUCCGAGAUUGCUUGCCAGAGCUGAAGACCAGGAUAAACGUAUUGGCAGCUCAGUACCAAUCUUUAUUGAACAGUUAUGGCGAACCGGUAGAGGACAAGAGUGCCACUCUUUUGCAGCUUAUUACCAAGUUCGCAGCUGAGUAUUGCCAGACAAUUGAGGGAACAGCAAAAUACAUUGAAACUUCAGAACUUUGUGGUGGAGCAAGAAUAUGCUACAUUUUUCAUGAAACAUUUGGACGUACUUUGGAAUCUGUAGAUGCAUUGGGUGGACUCAAUACUAUUGACAUUCUCACUGCAAUCAGAAAUGCCACUGGUCCACGUCCAGCACUCUUUGUUCCUGAAAUCUCUUUUGAGUUGUUAGUGAAACGACAGAUUAAACGUCUGGAGGAACCGAGCUUGCGAUGUGUUGAACUGGUCCAUGAAGAAAUGCAAAGGAUUAUACAGCACUGCAGCACAUAUAGCACACAGGAAUUGCUCCGUUUUCCAAAACUCCAUGAUGCCAUUGUGGAAGUUGUGACAUCAUUGUUGCGCAGGAGAUUGCCUGUUACCAAUGAUAUGGUCCACAAUUUGGUAGCCAUUGAGCUUGCAUACAUCAAUACAAAGCACCCUGACUUUGCAGAUGCCUGUGGAGUUUUGAAUAGUAACAUAGAGGAGCAAAGGCGUAACCGAUUAGCAAGGGAGCCACCCCCUGCUCUGCCUCGAGAAAAGCCUUCUAAAGUUUCCAGUGCUCUGUCGGCUCCUUCCCAGGAGUCUGCUGCUGCUCCUGCUUCUGCUGAGCUGGAGGGAAAGCCUUUAAGUAAAGAAGUUCAAAUACAGAAUGGGAAUCAGGAUGGAGCAUCAGCUGGAAACUGGAGAGGAAUGUUGAAAACAUCAUCCACAUCAAAGCCAGAUGAAGGAUCAUCUGAAGAAAAACCAAAGCAGCUUGCUGCUGGCAGUCCGCACAGGGGACCAUCUGUAAACUUCCUCGAUGUGCGUGUUCCUGUUUCACGUAAGCUUUCAGCACGGGAGCAGCGAGAUUGUGAAGUGAUUGAACGACUAAUUAAAUCCUACUUUUUGAUUGUGAGAAAAAAUAUCCAGGACAGUGUGCCAAAGGCUGUGAUGAAUUUCCUAGUCAAUUAUGUGAAGGACAAUCUCCAAAGUGAACUUGUUGGUCAACUGUAUAAGUCAAUGCUGUUAGAAGACCUCCUCACUGAAUCAGAGGAUAUGGCCCAGCGCAGGAAGGAAGCUGCAGACAUGCUUAAGGCCUUGCAACGAGCCAGUCAGGUUAUUGCAGAAAUACGAGAAACACAUCUGUGGUGAAACCUGUAGCCAUACAUCCUAAAAUUUCCCUAAGAAGACACAGCAAUUACUUGAAUGUCGCUGAAUUGAAAAAUGCACUGUUUAUUUGCUUAACGUGUUUAAAAAUAUAUAUUUAUGAACUGUUGGCUCUGGUACUGAAGCAACUAUAGAAACCAAUGUCAUAAAAUUUACGUCUUUUGUAGUUGUUCCUAUUGUGUAAUAUCAGCUCAUAGUUUUGUGGUGAUAGAAAACACAUUGUAAGUUUAACUUGGAAAAUAGAAGCCUUUGGAAUCUUG